GUGGUCCUGGGGUCAAUGCCUCAGCGGCUGGAAGCAAAACACUCAGGCGAUGAUUGGACUGGCGUGACAAGCCCAUCGGAGAGAAGGAAGCGGCAAAAUCGGCUGCAUCAAAGGGCUUAUCGUAUGUCUCGACCCAUGUUUAUGGAGGAGAAUGAUGGGGGACAAGACAGUGCCCCACAAGAGGGUCAUCUCCUUCUGCCCACUCCCGAGUCGCGCGCAGUGGUUCAAAAGUUUACGCAAAGAGCGUGUGAAGAUUACGAGCAAGGCGCGCCGCGACUUGAACAUCUCUAUAUUAUAGUGAGGCUCAAUGUCCUUGCUGCUAUCGCGCGUAACGCCACGCUACUCGGUUUCAUGUUCGAAGGGCUGUGCAGCCCUGAGCUCGUUUCGCCAUUCAACCAGCAAGGUCCUGAUUUUCUCUCCACCAUCAUACCAUCGCAGCCAUUUCUGGGCUGGCUUCGGCCGACAGCAUUGCAGGUCACCGUGCGGCACCAUCCCUGGAUCGACCUGAUUCCCAUUCCCCGAAUGCGUGACAACAUCCUGUGCGCGCUUAGGGAUGGACUACUUAACAAUAAGACAUUAGGUCUCGACGUUCUUAACGUGGGAGACUCUCACGGUGAUGCAGCUUGUCUUAUUGUCUGGGGCGAGUCCUGGGACCCCAAGGGCUGGGAGGCGAGCGUCCCGUUCUUGCGGAAGUGGGGUGGGUUGAUGGAGGGCUGUUCUGCAUUGUUGGAGGCAACAAACUCCUGGCGCCACAAGAGAGGCGAGAAGAAGAUAAUUUUGUAGUUUCGUUUGAUAAGCGCCGGGGCGAAUGGCUUAGCCAUAUUAUUCUCAACGUAACUAGUCUAGA